UUAAUGUUCAUGACCAAGAUAAGUAUUUAAUAAUUCUGUCAUUUAAAAUACAAUAAGACAAGAUGAGCAAGAAACAAUUUUUAGGACCACCCGUUGCAAAAAGGGCAAAACAGCGAGAUGAAAAUAAAAAUGAUUAUCCUGGUUCUUUUGAGGCUGAAUUAGCUAUUAUGGAUGAAAUGGAUGAGGAAUUUGGAGAUAUGUUACAAAUUAUAGGAGAGCCAACUGAUGUACAAUUAAAUAAAUCAGAGGCAGGACCUGAACAAGAAAAUACAUCAUUAAAAUGGAGCAGACCUCAACCUCCACAAUUGAAUCCACUAAAGGAUGCAUUAAUUUUUCAACAAAUAGAUAUUGACCACUAUAAUGGCACACCAUUACAUGGAAUGCCAGGCAGUAAUAUAGCUCCUGUACCAAUAAUGAGAAUGUUUGGCGUUACAGAAUUAGGAAAUUCAGUUUGUUGUCAUAUUCACGGAUUUAGUCCUUAUUUAUAUGUUACAGCACCACAAAAUUUUAAUGAACAUCAUUGUAGAUUAUUUAAGGAAACUUUAAAUAAAACUAUGUUAAAAGAAAUGAGAUCAAAUCCAGAAAAUGUUCAAGUGGCUGUGCUAGCUGUGGAACGAGUGUAUAAGCAAAGCAUGUAUGGCUAUGCAGGAUGUGAGAAAUCAUUAUUUUUAAAAAUCACAGUAGCACUUCCCAGAUUAGUAUCACUUUGUAAGAAAGUGGUAGAAAGUGAAACUCUUUUAUCUGAAUUUGAUCAUAAGUACACUGCUUUUGAAAGCAAUAUUGAUUUUGAUAUUAGAUUUAUGGUUGACACAUCAGUAGUUGGAUGUUCAUGGAUUGAAUUACCACCAAAAACAUGGAAACUUCGCCAACAUUAUGGACAUAAUUUACAACUGACUACAAGGUGUCAAUUGGAAGUGGAUAUUGCAUGGGAUGCUUUCAUUGCACAUGCCCCAGAAGGAGAAUGGUCAAAAAUUGCACCAUUUAGAAUUCUUAGCUUUGAUAUUGAAUGCGCGGGUCGCAAAGGUAUUUUUCCUGAACCAAAUCAUGAUCCGAUUAUACAAAUUGCUAAUAUGGUUAUAAGACAAGGAGAUCCAGACCCAUUUCUGCGAAAUAUUUUUACCCUUGAUACAUGUGCACCAAUUGUUGGUUCUCAAGUUUUAAGUUUUGAUAAAGAACAUAAAAUGUUGGAUAAAUGGGCUGACUUUGUCAGACAGUUAGACCCCGAUAUUUUUACAGGAUAUAACAUAAAUAAUUUUGAUUUUCCUUAUCUGAUUAAUCGGGCAAAGCAUCUUAACGUAAAAGAUUUUUGUUUUCUUGGACGAAUAAAAAAUAUAAAAUCCGUAAUUAAAGUUAAAGUACUUCAGAAUAAACAAAUGGGUCGACGUGAAAAUAAAUCUAUUAAUUUCGAAGGACGAGUUCCAUUUGAUCUGUUACUGGUACUGGUCCGAGAUUAUAAGUUGAGAUCUUAUACUUUAAAUGCUGUCUCUUAUCAUUUUCUACAAGAACAGAAAGAAGAUGUCCAUCACAGUAUUAUUACAGACUUACAAAAUGGGGAUGCACAAACACGUCGACGGCUGGCGGUUUACUGUUUAAAAGAUGCAUACUUGCCACUUAGAUUGUUAGAUAAAUUAAUGUGUAUUUUCAUCUACAUGGAAAUGGCAAGAGUCACUGGAGUUUCUAUAUCUUGUUUGUUAACUCGGGGACAACAAAUAAAAGUCGUUUCACAAUUAUUAAGAAAGAUUCGAGAAAAAGACUAUGUAAUGCCAGUUCAUCAUGGGCAAGCUAGUGACGAACAAUUUGAAGGUGCAACGGUUAUAGAACCAAAACGCGGCUAUUAUAAUGAUCCUAUUGCAACUUUAGAUUUCAAUUCUCUGUAUCCAAGUAUUAUCAUGGCUCACAACUUGUGUUAUAGUACAUUGUUAAAGCAGGACAAACAAAUUAAAUACAAGGUUGAUAAAGACAAUGUGACUAUAACUCCAAUUGAAUCAAAAUUUAUCAAAGCUUCUGUUAGAAAAGGAAUUCUUCCAGAAAUUUUAGAGAGUCUCUUGUCAGCUAGAAAGGCAGCAAAAGCAGAAUUGAAGAAAGAGACUGAUCCAUUGAAACAAAAAGUUUUGGAUGGUAGACAAUAUGCUUUAAAAGUGUCAGCCAAUUCAGUUUAUGGUUUCACUGGUGCACAAAUGGGAAAAUUGCCUUGUUUGGAGAUUUCUGGUAGUGUCACUGCAUAUGGGCGUAGUAUGAUAGAACAAACAAAGCAUGAAGUGGAACAGCAGUUCUGUGUUUCUAAAGGGUAUAAAAAUGAUGCAGUAGUCAUAUAUGGUGACACUGAUUCUGUAAUGGUUAAAUUUGGUGUAAAAACAGUUGAAGAAGCCAUGGAACUUGGUAGAGAAGCAGCAGAAUAUGUAUCUUCAAAAUUUUUAAAACCAAUAAAAUUAGAAUUUGAAAAAGUAUAUUUUCCGUAUUUAUUAAUUAACAAAAAACGAUACGCUGGUCUAUACUUUACUCGACCAGAUAAAUACGAUAAAAUGGACUGUAAAGGUCUGGAAACUGUACGAAGAGAUAAUUGUCCACUGGUAGCAAACAUGAUGAAUACCUGUUUACAAAAAUUACUCAUUGACAGAAAUCCCAAUGAUGCUCUAAAUUAUGCCAAGGAGAUUAUAAGUGAUCUUUUGUGUAAUCGUAUUGAUAUUUCGCAGUUAGUAGUUACAAAAGAAUUAACUAAGACUGAUUAUGCAGCUAAACAAGCACAUGUUGAAUUAGCAGCAAAAAUGAAAAAGCGAGAUGCUGGAAAUGCCCCAAAACUUGGUGACAGAGUUCCAUAUGUUUUUAUACUAGCGGGCAGAGGUAUGCCCGCUUAUCAAAAGGCAGAAGAUCCAAUCUAUGUUUUAGAAAACAAUAUUCCAAUAGAUACAAAUUAUUACUUAGAGAAUCAGUUAGCCAAACCAUUAGUACGUAUUUUUGAGCCAAUUCUUGGUGACAAGGCUGAAUCACUUUUAUUAAAAGGAGAUCAUACACGCACAAAAUCAAUUGUUACAUCGAAAGUUGGUGCUUUGUCCGCAUUUACACGUAAAAAGGAAAUAUGCUUAGGUUGUAAAGCCGUUUUAACACCAGAAAGGGAAAAGAUGGCAGUAUGUAUACAUUGUGAGCCAAAUGAAGCAGAAUUCUAUCAAAAUGAAUUGUAUUUAGGUAGAAAACUGGAAGAAAAAUUUUGUAGAUUAUGGACAGAGUGCCAAAGAUGUCAAGGAAGUCUUCAUCAAGAAGUAAUAUGUACAAAUCGUGAUUGCCCAAUAUUCUAUAUGAGAAAAAAGAUUCAAGUGGAAUUAGACACUCAGAUUAAACGAAUUGAAAGGUUUGGAAUUCCAGCAUGGUGAAGUUAGACUGAAUAGUAUAACAGAUGUUUUGAAGAUUUGGAAUGUUCUGUUUUUAAGAGCAUCUAAUCCAAGUGCCUGAUGUACCUCUGCGA